AUGGUGACUGAAAGCGCAAAGGCUGUGGGCUACAUCCAGCAAUUGGACGAGGCUCGCUGCGCCGGCCGGUGGAAGGAUGUGCCCGAGCUGUGCAGGAAGGUCGAGAAGCAUGCACCACACCGCCGAUGCCUCACGCUCACGGCGCGCUCCGAAGCGCAGAUAGCCGCGUACACCACCCAGCGACCCUCGACCGCAGCCUCCACGGCCUCCUCCGGCCUUUCCCAGACCGUCCCCACUCUGCUCAGCGCCAUUGAAGGAGAGAGCGAUCUUGCACAGGAAGCCUUCCAGGCCACCGUCUGCCUGGGGUGGCUGCAUUAUGUCCUGGACGAGCCGGGACUGACGGUGUCGCGCCUUCCUGACAGUCUCGACACGGUAGCAGCCAGAAUCGCCGCGCAGGCGGGCUCGCUCACUGGCUGGUCCAAAGUUUGCGUGGUCAAGGGCACUUUCCUCAAGGGCUCUGCCCAGGAAACAACGGGUGCCAUCACCGAAGCCGUGAAGACAUACACCUCUAUCCUGCCAUGGCUAUCGUCGAACAACUCGGCAACUGGAGAGUCAGCGCAAUUCAGGAUGUGGACCGAGUCUCUCCUCGGCCGCCUUUGCCAGCUGUCAGAUCAGAGUGACGGCAGCAGCGGUCUCGUGGGGUCUUCUGAGGCUUUGCAGACAUUCCGAGCCUGGGCAAAAUUCUCGGAAGGCACAGGGCGGUCCGCUGAGAUGGACACUGCAGACUCCGCUCGAUCUCGUCGAUUAGCUUGGAAAUCUUACUACGACACACUUUCGACCAUCAUCCGCCACGAUUUGCCGUACGAUGCAGGAUCGGCGCAAGUCACGUCGGAGAAACCCGCGAUACACAGUCAGAAUAGCGCACGACUACAACAACGAGCCGAACUGAAACGUGUCGAGACAAUAUAUGAGAGCAUGCUGAUCAAGGAGACGCACUUUCCCAAAGCCAGUGGGAGCAAUCGUGAGAUCGAAGUGUGGGUAGACUCUGUAAUCAAUAAUUGGCGCACACUUUGCGGCCCAUCAUGGACUGACGCUGAUCUGGGGGAAGGAGGGAAAGAGGGCGUAGGGCGCAGUGUGAUCGAUAUCCUGUAUCGAGCCGCGACCAAGACCUUUCACUCUACACAAAUCUUGCGCUACUUGUUCGUCGUCCAUGCGUCUUUGGCCGAGUUUGAAUUGGCGUUCAAGGCCUACGAUUCGUACAUCGAGAUUGUGACUCGAGGCAAGGACCGAGCAGAACAGGAAGGCGAGACAGACGACGGCGUCGACGAUGAUAGUACCGUCCUUCGAACAUCAGCAGAAGCAAUACGACUGUUGUGCCGAUUCGGUUCUCGUAAAGAGGCCGAGAAGGCCGUCGAGAUCGGGCACAAUCUCGAGAAAUGGCUCAACCACUUCGAAGAUACUAAGCCAACCUCUGGCACCAAUUCGGUACCGUCAACAGAGGCGCUGGUCAAGCCUGCUGCGUUAGCUGUCGCCUACUGUGCCAUUGGUGUUGGGCAAGCGCACUGGGCACAGUUUACGUAUGAAGCUGAUACACGGGCUGGGAUACAAGCGAACGCUAUCCAGCUACUGCGGAAGUCCAUCUUGCCAACUCUUGGAGACUCGAACAACGUUGAUGCGCUGUAUGCAUUGGCCGUCGUGUUAGCCGAGACGCGAGACAUUGUUGGAGCGAUCAAGGUCGCCAAGCGCGCUCUCUCUACGGCUACGAAGACGCAGGCAGCCUACAGUACUGACGGCGUUCUUUCAAGUGGAUCAGCCACUGAAUAUGGCCGAGAGCGGAAGCUGAUUCCGUUGUGGCACCUACUCGCCCUGCUACUGACAUCGCGUUCCGAGUUUACCGCGGCGGAGAAGGCCUGCGAGGCUGCUUUCGCGCAAUUCGGCGAUCCAACGAUCCUAUUUGGAACGGACACUGGAACGUUCCGCAGCGAGCAUCUCAAAGACGCAAGUGGCCACUAUGUGAGCACACAAGGCAUUGUCGACCGCAUGGGUAGUUUUGAGAAGAGCGGCAUACUCCAGAUCAAGAUGACCCAACUAUCACUCAUCGAGAUUACUGACGGCGCGCUUGCUGCUGUAGAUGGUUGUGACGAGCUUCUGGCGCUCUAUGGUAGACUUUUCGGCUCACCAGGUGCUGAAAAGGUCAAGCUAGAAGUCCCAGCUACAGUAGUAUCACCUAAGGGCAGUGCCGGAACGACAAAGGGAAGCAUAUUCCGCGGGCGUGGCUCCGUUCGUACACAGAAAGAUACCUCGGCGCGCAGUUCCUCACUCCUAAAUCCUGGAGGAGGAUCAGCGCCUGCCAUUCAGGUAACCGAUGGCGGUUCUACUUCGCACGCAAACGGCCACCAUCAUCAUCACCCUCACUUGUUUCAUCACCACAAACACGAAGAUGGCCCAUCAAGUAAUGGUCGGAGUUCGAGCAAGCUGAGAGAUCGUAGUGCGAGUCUCGGUGCACAGUCCGUUACGGGGACUGCCCAAGCCCCAGUAGUCCCGCCCAUGCCGGAAAAUGUACAGAAUGGAACGCCAUCUAGAAGUAACGUUCCUCGGCCUCUGUCAGCAGCAAGCUCACCUCGCAAAUCAAUUGAAAGCAGCGAGACACCACUUCGACCUAUUGCACAUAACUUACACGCUUCACCCCCACAGGGUCAUGAGCGCCAGCCUCCUAGACAAGACACUCGGCUUCCAGCUCCGUUCCCAGAUAUGAACUAUAUCCCACCAGAUCCUCGCUUUUCCAAGCUUCAAGAUCGGCGGCACAAAGUGUCCUUAUUGGUAGACAUAUGGAUAUUCACUUCUGGCUUGUACGCUAGGGCCCAAGCAUUUGAGGACGCAAGGGAAGCUGUCGCCGAAGCUCUAAAAUUAGUGGAGGCUUUUGAGAACGAGCUGUCACUAGAGUUCUCGUCAGCCAAAGCGCUCGCCGACAAAGGUUGGGGAGGCGGCAAGAGUAUCGAAGAGCUAUGGGCUGAUGCCUUCACUGCGCGCGGUGAACUGCUCGUAGCUCAGUCUCUCAAACACGAAGCACGUACGGACUUCGAGCGAGCCCUUCUGCACUUCCCAGAUCACCCACAGGGUAUUGUUGGUCUGUCGAAUAUUCUUCUCGACAUAUACUGCCAAGAUAUACCCAUGGAGCCUACAAGAGCUACAGAGAUCACCCCGCUUUCUCCUACACACGCACCUACCGUCCCUCAGACAAGCACAACUCCGGAGCCGAAGAAACACCAUCUCACGUCUCACAUCCCUUCAGCAGAGAACCAACUCUCACCGCCGGAAUUGAGUCGUCUAGCAGCACGCGACCGCGCGUUUGGUCUGCUUUCUACGUUGACGAAACUUGGUGCUGGGUGGGAUUACUCUGAAGCGUGGUAUGCACUAGCAAGGGCAUAUGAGGAAAGUGGACAGGUAGAGAAAGCGAAGGAAGUUCUCUGGUGGUGUGUUGAGCUUGAGGACACACACCCAGUGAGAAACUGGAGGAGUGUUGCUUUGGGUGGGUUCGUGCUGUGA